AUGGUUGGUCUGUUGUUGUUGGCUGGGAGGGGCAGUUCCGGGCAAGAGGGAGCUUUAUCCCCAGCCUGUGGUGCAGGAGAGAGCUGCACAGGUGGCGGCGAGAGCCACGAGGCGGCUUCUUGCGACAAUGACAUAUGUGUCUACUACUCAGUACUGACACUGAAAAUAAAACGACAGUCAGGGACUAUUACUGUGCCACCAAUGCUUACCUCUUCGCCGCGAUCGGAUUCAUUCAUCCGGGCGAGACAACCAAGUCUUGACUUAGAACACGAUCUUCUCUCCACCCGUGGCCAACGCCUCGGGGGACUAAUACGACGGCGCUCUCUCAGCGUCCAAAGCGCCGAUAAUCCUUAUGACAGUGAAAGGCUUGAAGAUUCCAUUCAAGAUCGCGGGGAUAGGCCUGUUGCUUUUGAGCGCGCUAGGCGACUCAUCGGCGAGAGCAGGCCUAUUUAUCGUUGGUAUGCCAUUUCCCCUCGUUUCACAGCUUAG